GAUUGGGAGCCCUUAGUUUGGCGCUUUCUGCGGCCAUCGGUGAACCCAACGCCAUUCAACUUUGAAUCAUUCUUCACUCCUUUCAGUCAAACCCUUUCUCUCUCUCUUUCUCUCUUCAAAUUCAGUUUCCAUUUCCAAUUCCUCUGGAGUUGGUUCAUUUUCAGACGAACCAUCUCUAAAUCCGUCAAUUCAUAUAACUCUACGCCAAUGCGCUUGUAAACGUGAAUGCGAACGUGAAUGUGAACGCGGUUUCGUUUCAGAUCCAGAUUCAUGGGGAUGUGCUUCAGCAUUGAAGAUGAAAAGCGCCUUUCCGUCUCCGAUACGAGCGCCAAGCCUAAACCUGCUGGAUCUGCAGAUCGUGAAUCUGGCGCUCCAUUGGUGUCGAGUUCGAUGAACAUCAAAGAUCUCCGCAAAAGCGCUGGACACUGCAAUGUGGAUAUUUUCACGUACGAGGAGCUGAGGCUCGCGACGAAGCACUUUCGUCCCGAUUUCAUUUUAGGAGAGGGAGGAUUUGGAGUUGUAUAUAAAGGAGUCAUAGACGAUAGCGUAAGGUCAGGUUACAAGACCAUCGAGGUCGCCAUUAAGGAGCUUAAUCGCGAAGGAUUUCAGGGCGAUAGGGAAUGGCUCGCGGAAGUUAGCUAUUUAGGUCAAUUCAGUCACCCCAAUCUGGUGAAGCUCAUUGGAUAUUGCUGUGAGGACGAGCACCGGUUGUUGGUCUAUGAAUACAUGGCAAGUGGGAGCUUGGAGAAGCAUCUUUUUCGCAGAGUGGGCUCAACGUUGACUUGGUCCAAACGAAUGAAAAUUGCUUUACAUGCUGCAAGAGGGCUUGCUUUUCUUCAUGGUGCAGAAAGGCCUAUCAUAUAUCGUGACUUCAAGACUUCAAAUAUCUUAAUAGAUGCGGAUUUCAAUGCGAAGCUUUCAGAUUUUGGCCUUGCAAAGGAUGGGCCGAUGGGGGACCAAACCCAUGUCUCAACACGAGUAAUGGGCACAUAUGGAUAUGCUGCUCCUGAGUAUGUCAUGACCGGGCAUUUGACAGCUCGAAGUGAUGUUUACGGUUUUGGGGUGGUGCUACUUGAAAUGCUUAUUGGUAGGAGAGCAUUAGACAAGAGCAGGCCCAGCCGAGAGCACAACUUGGUUGAGUGGGCCCGCCCUCUAUUAAAUCAUAAUAAGAAACUUCUGAAAAUUUUAGACCCAAAACUAGAGGGGCAAUAUUCAAGUAAAACUGCAAUAAAGGUGGCCCAGUUAGCCUACCAAUGCCUUAGCCAAAACCCGAAAGGCAGACCGCUAAUGAGCCAGGUUGUUGAAAUUCUCGAAAACUUUCAGUCAAAGGGGGAAAAUGGCGAAGAUGAAAUUCUUCAGAAUGGCGGUACCAGUAUAACCCUUUAUGAGGUUCCCAAGGGCAGCAAUGACCCUCCAUCUUAGGGCUAAAACUGACGAGGUUUACAGGAGCGAAGCUUGAUGGGAAAAAAAAGCUGAAGCCAGCCUUUAGAUGUCUAUAAUUUAUGUUGUUCCUUCACCCAAGUUUGUGCUCUCGACAGAUAAGUCGUCUUCUUCCAGAAGUAGAAGUCUCACCAAUGUGGAUGGCAAUUAAAAUUUGUACAAAAUGCUAGCAGGUAGUUCCGGUUGGUGUUUCCAGAUGUUUGUUUGCUUUGAGCAGAAUUGGCGAAGGCAAUUAUGUGGCUUAAGCAUUCAUUCUCCUAUGUUGUAUUUUAUUCCAAUUUUGAGUGAUCAGGACGCUAUUUAUUGGAAUGUUUAACAGAAUUAUUGUAAAACAUUUUUUUAAUUACUUUCUGCGCCCGAAAUGCACUAGUUAAGCAUCUGGUGCGUCAAAUCAAUGGUGGGGAUGUGAUUUUAAGCUUUGAAUUUAAGAAAUACCUUAGAUUCAAGCUCAAUCUCAUCUAUUGCCACCUGUGAUCAAUAUAGUUACGAUGGAUUUUAUGAAAUUUCUGAGAUGAGUUGAGGUUAUUAUGUACAAAUAUCGCUACAUAUUAUUUCUUUUCCAAAAUCUAUAUAACAAUUGAAACCUGUAUUACUG